AUGUCUCACGCCCUUUUCAACAAGACCAGCCCUCCAUUCGGCCCCAUCGUCAACGGCACAAAUCCUCUUUUUUCUAACAUCAACCCAAUGAAGGCGCUGCUUGGACCUUUGUCGUUUUGCGAGGCCUUUGGCUAUUACGGUCGCGUUCAGGCGCACAGUGAGCCCAACAUUGCAGGCCCUUUCAUCAUGCAGAACAUCUUAAUUCUGGGAACGACGCGACUCAUCGUUGCGACCGUGUACAUGACCCUUGGACGAUCUAUCCGGGUCUUCCAAAUCCGAGAUCGGAUAGUAAUCCCGCCCCGUCCGAUGACGGUUUUCUUUGUCACGGUGGAUUUAGGAUGCUUUGUUACCCAGGUCUUCGGUUCAGCAGCACCAGCAUCGGGUGAUCUGAAGGGGAUUGCCCUGGGUAGAGCCCUCAUCAUUUCGGGAUUGAUCGUGCAACUUGCGGCUCUGGGCCUAUUUCUCAUCAUUACCUCGGUCUCUCGCCGGUUGGUUAGAACGAGUAUAGCAGACUACAAGAUGACGGGAAUGCCCAGCUCCUCAAGGUACUUUCAAGCCACCUACUUGGUUGGUGGUGCAAUGAUGUCGUUUAUGCUUUCAUACACGCUGGAAAGUUAUUUCGCGACGCUUAGUACCUGA